AUGAAGCUGUUGAUCGAACUGUUGAUGCAGCCAAACCCAACUGCUCGAGAGGCCAAUGGCUUUUGGUACAUUCAGAAUGCCAAGAGUGAUGAUCUUCAGCCACCCCUGGCCAUACUCCUCAGCAGGUCAGGUGGGGCUGUGGGGCAGCCAGAUGGCCUUGACGGGUUGGGUUUGCCGGGCCCCGAGCAGCGUUUUCGCUCGGAGCCCUCGCUGGCUGUGCGUUUGGACUCCGUCAGCCCAUCGGAGGACGGGGAUCUGAGCAGCUGGCCGGACGGACCGGAUCUGAUUGAUGAAGCCAACCUUCGCAAGAGCCUGUCGACGGUUGAGCGGCCAGAGAAGCUUCUGGAGGUGACUGAGUCACUGGCUGCCCAGAAGCUUCUGCGCCGGGCAGAGGAGGCUGCUGCGAUCUUCGAUGCCACGGCUGCCCAGCUGCCGGGCAGCCGAGGCGGAGAGGUGCCAGAUCUUGCAGGACCGGAGCAGGUCGGUCCUGGCGCAGAGGAGCUUCAGGGCGCGGAUGCCGCCCUCCGCCGGCGCUUGUUGACCAAGAAGCGACGUCCCGUGUGGUCGCGCUGGACCGAGACCGCUGGACCGCUGGACCGAGACCGUGUGUCGCACGCGGAGAAAAAAGACCGAGGCAGUUGCACGGUGGGACGUGAGUUGCUGCUGCUGGAUUUGCAGUCUGACAACCCUCGGAAGCGCAUGGAGGCGGGCUUGGCUGUGGCCAAGCAGGCGGCAAUCGGCCUCCGGCACCAGGUGAAUUUGGUGGAUGCUGGUCUGGUGGAGCCGCUCGUGCGACAACUGAAGGAGGGCACCGGCGAUGAACGCGUCGCGGUGGCCACGGCCUUGUCGCGCCUCGCGCGGCGGAACCCCACUGGGCAGCUGGAGAUCGUGGUGGCCGGUGCGGUCACACCGUUGCGGAAGCAGCUGUUGGCCGCUACGGCCAUCCAGCGGGUGGCUGCUGCUGUGUGCAUCAGCCGCUUGGUAGAGGGCAACCCGGAGACCCAGCGUGCCUUUAGCGUGGAGGGCGCUGGCCGGUUGCUGGUGGGGAUGCUGAAUGCUCAGACAUACGAAGAGCGGAUCCAUGCCGCGGUCGCCUUGGGCCAUUUGGCCACCGAGAACGACGAGACGCAGGCACGCCUUGUGGAAGGCGGCGCGGUGGAGAAGUUGGCUGAGCUGCUGAAAGCAGAAGACGGCCUCGAGCGGGACUGCGCCUCCUUUGCCCUAGCCAACACCUUGCAAUUGAGCUAUGAUCAAAUCGUGAAGGACGUGGCCGAGGCGCAGGAAGUGGACGUGGCCAUCCAGAUUUGGAACAACAACCUCAACGGACGGAAACGGCAGACCAUGAUCCAACCGAAGAAGAAUCCCAAGUUCUUCUUCAGGAGCAAUGUCAGCAGCAGUGCCUUGAAUCAAGCCGAGGACACCUAG